AGGAAGCGGGCAGGACAGUUAGGCCAGGUACGAGGGAGACGGAGAAAGGGCUGAUUUCCUUUGAAGCGGGUUGAACUUCCCAGCCGUUUCCAAGCAGAUUUUAUUCCCCACAGCAGCUGAUCAUGACUGAAUAACUGACUGCUGGAUCAAUGAACAGGAAUUCACUGAGAUGACAUAGGGAGGAGGGACAAGGACAAUGGUGCAGAAAAAGAAAAUCUGCCCUCGGUUACUUGACUACCUUGUGAUCAUUGGAGCCAGGCAGCCAAGUAGUGAUAGUGUUGCUCAAACGCCUGAGCUACUGCGGCGUUACCCUCUAGAAGACCAUGUGGACUUUCCUCUGCCACCUGAUGUUGUGUUCUUUUGCCAGCCAGAAGGAUGCCUGAGUGUGCGGCAGAAGCGUAUGAGUUUCCGUGAUGACACUUCCUUUGUCUUCACGCUCACAGACAAGGAUACGGGUGUCAUUCGCUAUGGAAUCUGUGUCAACUUCUACCGCUCUUUCCAGAAGCGAGUACCCAAGGACAAGGGAGAAGGCACAGCAGGACAUAGGGCUCGGGAGGGACAGAAAAUCCCCAAACCAGGGGACACCUUUGUCCCCCAAGAGCAAGCGGGCACCGAGAGUUCGGAGAGUGGUUCCUCACUGCAGGCUCCAAGUACAGAGUGUACCCCCGAUGUGAAUCGAUCGCCACGCAGUAAACAUCUGGCCAAAGGCAGCCAUCGCUCUCGGAACAGUACCCUGACUUCUCUGUGUAUCCUCAGUCAUUAUCCCUUCUUUUCCACUUUCCGUGAGUGUCUGUACACUCUCAAGAGACUUGUGGACUGCUGCAGUGAGAGGCUGUUGGGCAAGAAGCUGGGGAUUCCUCGUGGAGUGCAGAGGGAUACCAUGUGGCGGAUUUUCACAGGAUCGCUGCUGGUGGAAGAAAAGUCCAGUGCAUUACUACAUGACUUGCGGGAGAUAGAGGCCUGGAUAUACCGUCUGCUCCGUUCACCAAUGCCUGUGGCUGGUCAGAAGCGGGUGGAUGUGGAAGUCUUGCCGCACGAGUUGCAACCAGCUUUGACCUUUGCUCUUCCUGAUCCAUCCCGCUUCACCUUAGUGGAUUUCCCAUUACAUCUGCCUUUGGAGUUGUUGGGAGUGGAUGCCUGUCUGCAGGUGCUGACCUGCAUCCUCCUGGAGCACAAGGUUGUACUGCAGUCCCGAGAUUAUAAUGCGCUAUCGAUGUCUGUGAUGGCCUUUGUGGCUAUGAUCUACCCGUUAGAGUACAUGUUUCCAGUGAUCCCACUCCUUCCUACCUGCAUGGCCUCUGCAGAACAGUUGCUUCUGGCCCCUACACCUUAUAUCAUUGGUGUUCCAGCAAGUUUCUUCCUUUAUAAACUGGAUUUUAAAAUGCCUGAUGAUGUAUGGCUUAUUGACCUGGAUACCAAUAAGGUGAUUGUUCCCACAAAUGCAGAAUCUUUGCCAGUACUGCCAGAGCCAGAAGCUUCGGAGCUGAAAAAGCAUCUGAAACAGGCACUGGCCAGCAUGAGUCUGAAUACUCAGCCCAUUCUUAAUCUAGAAAAGUUCCAUGAGGGGCAGGAGGUGCCACUGCUGCUGGGAAGACCACAGAAUGACUUGCAGUCCACUCCCUCCACAGAAUUCAACCCUCUGAUCUAUGGCAAUGAUGUGGACUCUGUGGACGUGGCUACCAGGGUUGCUAUGGUGAGAUUCUUCAACUCGCCAAAUGUUUUGCAAGGUUUCCAGAUGCAUACUCGCACUCUUCGUCUUUUCCCACGACCAGUGGUGGCCUUUCAGGCCAAUUCCUUUCUUGCCUCUAGGCCAAAGCAAACACCUUUUGCAGAUAAGCUUUCCAGGACCCAAGCAGUAGAAUACUUUGGAGAAUGGUCGCUCAACCCUACUAACUAUGCUUUUCAGAGAAUUCAUAACAACAUGUUUGACCCAGCAUUGAUUGGAGACAAACCUAAAUGGUAUGCUCACCAGCUGCAGCCCAUCCACUAUCGUGUCUAUGACAGUAAUUCCCAGCUGGCUGAAGCACUGAAUGUCCCAGUAGAGAAGGAAACAGACUCUGAUCCCACUGAUGACAGUGGCAGUGACAGCGUCGACUAUGAUGACUCAAGUUCCUCCUACUCCUCCCUUGGUGACUUUGUCAGUGAGAUGAUGAAAUGUGACAUUAAUGGUGAUACCCCAAAUGUUGAUCCCCUGACUCACGCAGCCCUUGGUGAUGCCAGUGAAGUGGAAUUUGAUGAUUUUCAAGAAUAUUCAGGGGAUCUGGAUGAACAGGCCAUGGACAGUGAGAACUCCCAAGAGAACAACCAGCCUCGUUCAAGUUCCAGCACUACAGCCAGUAGCAGCCCCAGCACUGUCAUCCAUGGAGUGAAUCAUGAGUCAGCAGAUUCAGCAGAGAUGGAAGAGAAGAUAGUUGCUGGGUUUUCAAACCAUCUCCCUUCCUUGCCACUGCAAUCAAGCUUUCCCAAGAUGAGCUUGGACCGUCGUGAGAGCGACAGCCCAGCUGGCAGCAUGAGCUCCACAGAAGGGGUGGUGAGGAAGCGAGAGUAUGACAAUCCAUAUUUUGAACCACAGUAUGGAUUUCCUACAGAGGAUGAGGAUGAUGAGCAGGAAGAGAGUUACACCCCAAGAUUUAACCAGAAUCUCAACGGAAGCAGGUCUCAGAAGCUGCUACGCCCAAACAGCUUGAAACUAGCCAAUGAUUCUGAUGCAGAUUCAGACUCCAGGGCCAGUUCCCCAAACUCUACCGUCUCCAACAACAGCAGUGAAGGUUUUGGGGGCAUCAUGUCUUUUGCUAGCAGCCUGUACAGAAACCACAGCACAAGUUUCAGUCUGUCCAACUUAGCCCUACCAACCAAAGUUGGGAGAGACAAGAAUACUCCCUUUCCCAGCCUGAAAGUAUUUGGGUUAAAUACUAUAAUGGAGAUUAUUACUGAAGCUGGCCCAGUAAGCAAUGAAGGGAACAGGCGAGCCCUUGUGGAUCAAAAGUCUUCAGUCAUUAAGCACAGCCCAACAGUGAAGAGAGAAUCUCCAUCACCUCAGGGACGAACUAGCAAUUCCAGUGAGAACCAGCAAUUCCUGAAGGAGGUGGUACACAAUGUUCUCGAUGGGCAGGGUGUUGGCUGGCUGAACAUGAAGAGAGUCCGGCGUCUGCUGGAGAGCGAGCAACUCCGUGUCUUUGUACUAAGCAAGCUAAAUCGCACCAUCCAGUCAGAAGAAGAUGCUCGACAGGACAUCAUACAGGAUGUGGAGAUCAGCCGCAAGGUUUACAAAGGCAUGUUGGACUUGCUGAAGUGCACUGUGUUGAGCCUGGAGCAGUCAUAUGCAAAUGCUGGCCUGGGAGGCAUGGCCAGUGUUUUUGGCCUGCUAGAGAUAGCACACACUCACUAUUACAAUAAAGAACCAGAAAAAAGGAAAAGAAGUCCGACGGAUGGCGCUGUCACUCCAGUUGGCAAGGAUCCUGCAUCAACCCCGAGAGCAGAGCCAAAACCUGUGAUGCAACUCCCAGUACCUCAGCUCAUGCCAAAGGCACCAAGCCCUGCAGGGAAGGGGCCAAGGGAGUUUGACACGAGGAGUCUGAAGGAAGAAAACUUUAUUGCUUCCAUUGAAUUGUGGAACAAGCACCAGGAAGUGAAAAAGCAAAAAGCUUUGGAAAAAACGAGGCCAGAAGGUGUGAAACACUUUGAUUUGGGAGAAACAGAUGAGAAAAAAUCACAAAUCAGUGCCGACAGUGGUCUCAGUUUGGCCUCAGGUUCUCAGAAGGGUGAUUUGGACUCUGUUCCCAGUGGAGGACUGGCAGUUAUGGUCCGAAGUACAAGCCAGGAUUCUGAAGUUAGCACAGUGGUUAGUAACAGCUCUGGAGAGACAUUAGGAGCAGACAGUGACUUAAGUAGCAAUGCUGGUGAUGGCCUGGGUGUGGAAAAUGGUGGCAAUCUGACAGGGUCAAGGGGUACCGUGUCAGACAGCGAAAUUGAGACAAACUCUGCUACUAGCUCUAUCUUUGCAAAGUCUCAUAACCUGAAGCAGAGUGUGAAGGAUAACAAAGGCAGUACUCCAGGGAGAGGUCCAGAAGAUGGGAACCAGCGUGUCUAUCUCUAUGAAGGGCUUUUGGGUAGGGAUAAAGGAUCUGUCUGGGACCAGUUAGAGGAUGCUGCAAUGGAAACCUUCUCUAUGAGCAAAGAGCGCUCGACUUUGUGGGACCAAAUGCAGUUCUGGGAAGAUGCCUUUUUGGAUGCUGUGAUGUUAGAGAGAGAAGGAAUGGGGAUGGACCAAGGACCCCAGGAGAUGAUUGACAGGUAUCUUUCCCUGGGAGAACAUGAUCGAAAGCGUUUGGAGGAUGAUGAGGACCGCUUGUUGGCUACGCUGCUGCAUAAUAUGAUUGCUUAUAUGCUUAUGAUAAAGGUGAACAGAAAUGAUAUUAGGAAAAAGGUGCGUCGUCUAAUGGGAAAAUCACAUAUUGGAUUGGUGCACAGCCAGCAAAUAAAUGAUAUUCUAGAUAAGCUUGCCAAUCUGAAUGGCCGGGAGCUCUCUAUCAAGCCCAGUGGCAGGCCCCACCAAACUUUUGUAGUCCAUGCUGGGACAGACACAACAGGAGACAUAUUCUUCAUGGAGGUGUGUGAUGAUUGCAUUGUGCUGAGAAGUAACAUUGGAACUGUGUAUGAGCGUUGGUGGUAUGAGAAACUCAUCAACAUGACUUAUUGCCCCAAAACAAAAGUGCUGUGCCUCUGGAGAAGAAAUGGCCAGGAGACACAACUGAACAAGUUCUACACCAAGAAGUGUCGAGAAUUAUACUACUGUGUAAAAGACAGCAUGGAGCGAGCCGCAGCAAGGCAGCAAAGCAUUAAACCAGGCCCUGAGUUGGGUGGUGAGUUCCCUGUGCAGGAUAUGAAAACUGGUGAAGGAGGUCUUCUCCAGGUCACACUGGAAGGAAUUAACCUGAAAUUUAUGCACAGUCAGGUAGGAGGGAAAUCUAUAGAGCUGAAUCACAUUAAAAAGUGCAAUACUGUGCGAGGAGUCUUUGUCCUGGAGGAAUUUGUUCCUGAAACUAAAGAAGUGGUGAGCCACAAGUACAAGACGCCAAUGGCUCAUGAGAUCUGCUACUCCGUGUUGUGUCUCUUCUCUUAUGUGGCUGCCAUACGUGGGAAAGAGGCAGAAAACAAAAGCAAACCACCUCGGCCGGUUUCCAGUUGAUCACAAUAUUGGAUAAUAUCUACCCUUUGGCACGGUGGCGUGCAGUACUCCCAUUUUUAUUGCUGUUGCUAGAGCUCAAUCUACUGUCUUCUCUGAGAACUUGAUUAUCUAUGUAUGAUCCUGCAAGUCUUGCCUCGUAGGAAAAUCUAAGACGUCGCUGCUCAGUCUCCUUCUGAAUUCAUCUUUUAUGGAGUUUUUAUGUGAGCUGUUAAUUAGACACUUUUGAGCAUCAGCAUCCAGCUAUGGGUGACUUACUCUGACCAUUCCUUGGAAUCUCAUUUUUUAAGAUGACUAACAUAACUUGAAUUCAGUUGUUUUUUUGUUUCUAGUGAUACUUGUUGCAGAUUUAUCACUUUACAACUGCAGACUUCUGUUUUCAGAUUCUCUGGUUUGUGAACAGUGGAGGCAGUCCGGUGCUGCAUGUUGUUUAAAUGUAGUGGCUUUAUUGUUUUCCUUUUAGGUUGUUCAUUUUCACUCACCAUCAUGAAGUUCUCAUCACAUAAUUCAUCAUAUCCUUUUGGUACAGAUGAACAAUUUAGUUACCGUAGUCUCAAAAUAUCGCAUGGGGCAAUUGAAGUUUGGCAAUUAAAUUAGUCCAUCUGUGGAAAUGACUGCUUCUCAAGUUGGAAAAGGAGUGCAGACAGAGAAACUUUGAAGGCAGCAUACUGUGAAACCCUCUGACACCUUCUGGGUUGUGUGGAUUUUCAAAUUUAGUUUAGAUAACAUUUGCAGGCAUCUCAACAGUAGAGUUAACAUAUGCAUAUAGCAGUACCUAAAGCAGUUAAUCAAAGGGAGUAGAAAGCAAGGAUAGGUAAAACUUGUAAACCUGUUAUUGGCAAAAGCACAUGGCAAGCACAUGCAGUUCUGAGACUGUGACUAUACCUUCAGGGAUACUUCUAUGGCAAUCUGCAGAAAAUGUUCAGAAGCCUGCAGGAUUAUAUUGGUUCAAAUUUUUUAAAGCUAUUGCUUUUGUCAGUUUGUACCUAUGUAUCAAGGAAUCUUGCAAAUACUGUGUUGAUGUGUAAUGAAAUCACUCAGUUAGAAGUAUCCAUCACAUUCCUUAUUUUAAAUAGGCUGAAUAUGAAUGUUUUUUGCACCCUGUUUUUUUUUUUCUUGAACUGUACUGCACUUGUCUAGAAAGUUCUUUGGAUGCUGGGAAGAGAGACUGUCUAGGAAAAAUAAUGUUACAUGUAAAAUAACUGAAAAAAAAUGCUCUGAUGCAAACUGAUGUAUUGUAUGUUUUGACAUAGGAUUCUGAGUAAAUGCACCCAGAAAUAACCCUGGUCUGGAUUGGUCAGGGUGUCUGCCAUUUUGAAUGGAAUAUACUAGUAAUGGGUGAGGACGUGAUGUAAAUAUUGUAGUACCACAUCUAUUUAUAGAAACUGUACAGCUGUCGGAAUGUGAAAAUAAAAUAUCAUUCAACCAGUGA